AUGAAGUAUCUCGUGCUUAUUUUUGCUGUGUGUUGCAUGGCCAGCCUUGCUGCCGCCAAUACAGCAUCUGCCAAAUUUGGAGUCAGGCCGAAUCCGCCCCCUCCGCAUCCUCCUAACGAUGGAGCGACCAACAGUAUCGAUAAAUGCGGGUGCCACGAGAUUGUGUCCAAACUGAAGAAAGUCGAAUCUAAUCUGCUAAAGCUCAUUCUUAAUCUUCGUCAUAAGUAUGGAACCGUGUACAGCGAGCUGCUCGAUAUGAAGAAGAACGUAAAAAGCGUUUCCUGGUACGUGGGACAAUCUGCAGCCACUGGCGAUUCUAUAAAUGAUCAGCUUGUAGGAGCAUCAUUAACUCUCGCCCAAAUUAUGCAAUCUAUCAGAGAUCUUACGAUCAAUCAGCAAAGUCUGGUUACCAAAACAUUCCUGACGGAAUCUUUGUUGGAUCUGGAGGGCCGUCCGGUCGGUGGAAGUACUACUACUACCCCAGCCCCCGAAAACGAUAUUGUGUACACGUCCUGUGACGAUCCGCGUAUCACCGAAACUGGGACCUACAUCGUACAGGAUGCCUUUGAUAAUCCCACUAAAGUAAUCUGUGUUCUUGAUUUCCUACCUGGAGCAUACACGGUUAUUCAGAACCGCCAGGACGGUUCCACCGACUUUUAUCAAUCGUAUAAAGAGUACAAGAAUGGAUUCGGAGACUUUGACGGAGGCGACUACUGGUUGGGUUUGGAUAACAUACACAAGAUAACAAGUUCGGGCGAUUAUGAGCUGAUAGUGCUACUAGAGGAUUUUGAGAAAAACAUCACCUAUGCCAAAUAUGAUAACUUCAGCAUCGGUCCGGCAAUCGAUUUCUAUCCGAUUACAUUGAUAAGUGGAUAUGACGGUCAAGCUGGAGAUUCCUUGGGUGGUGCACAAGGUGUACUUUUCAGUACAUUCGACGUCGAUCUUGACAAUAGCGACAGCAACUGUGCCGUUUCUAAUCGUGGUGGUUGGUGGUACACUGAUUGUGGCAUGAGUAACCUGAAUGGACUCUAUCUGAAGGGAUUAUCCGGAGGUACUACCGGUAUGUUCUGGGAAACAUUCCGUGGCGCCAACUACAGUUUGAAGAAGAGCCGAAUGAUGGUUAGGCGUAAAACAGCGGAUACAACCUCUCCGGCUGAAACGACUACUAUGGCUGCUACUGAACCUCCUACUGCUCCUCCAGCAAUGGUUGAAACUACGACUAUGCCACCACAAUGA